CGGGGCAGCCAGACUGGGAGCUUCCAGAGCCAGCGGAGUCUGGCCUCUCACUGGAGCGAGCGCUGCGCUUCGGCAGGGGACACACACACACCACCACACACGGGCCAGAGGUGAUUCCUAGCUACAGCAGUAAGGUCAUGUCUGAGGGGGGAGCACCCGAUGUCAUGAUGCCGCCAGUAGUGGGUGGCGUGUAUGGGGAGAAGAGUGGCAGCCCUGCGGUGGACUUUAGCUACGUGGGCAUUGAUGCCAUCCUGGAGCAGAUGAGGAGAAAAGCCAUGAAACAAGGUUUCGAGCUCAACAUUAUGGUCGUGGGUCAGAGUGGCCUGGGUAAGUCUACCUUGAUGAACACACUGUUCAAGUCAAAAGUGAGCCGCAAGUCUGUGCUGGCCACGGCCCAGGAGAAGAUCCCCAAGACCAUUGAAAUCAAGUCUAUCAGCCACGACAUCGAGGAGAAGGGUGUGAGGAUGAAGCUGACAGUAAUUGACACGCCCGGCUUCGGAGACCAGAUUAACAACGAGAACUGCUGGCAGCCCAUCAUGAAGUUCAUUAACGACCAGUAUGAGGCUUACUUGCAGGAGGAGAUCAACAUCAACAGGAAGAAGAGGAUCCCUGACUCCAGAGUCCACUGCUGCAUAUACUUCAUCCCACCCACUGGACACUGUCUACGACCUCUAGAUGUAGAGUUUAUGAGGCGUCUCAGUAAGGUGGUCAAUAUCGUCCCAGUCAUCGCCAAGGCUGACACACUUACCUUAGAAGAGAGGGACUUCUUUAAAAAAAAGAUCAGGGAAGAGCUGCGAGCCAACGGGAUUGAUGUUUACCCCCAGAAGGAAUUUGACGAGGAUGCAGAGGACAGGAUGAUCAACGAGAAAAUCAGGGAGAUGAUUCCGUUUGCCGUGGUGGGCAGUGACCAGGAGUACCAGGUCAACGGCAGGAGGCUGCUGGGGAGGAAAACCAAGUGGGGCACCAUUGAAGUGGAGAACAUAGCCCACUGUGAGUUCGCUUAUCUGCGAGACCUCCUCAUCAGGACCCACAUGCAGAACAUCAAGGACAUCACCAGCAGUAUCCACUAUGAAAUGUACCGCGUGCGCCGCCUCAACGAGAACAACACAGCCGUGGCUCAUGCCAACGGCAUCCCUGAGCACCACCUCGCUGCCCAUGAGAUGUAAACACCACCUCUUGCCCUUCCUCCCCUCUGCACAAAACACUACCACAUCCCAUGAGCCUUUGACCUCUGUCAACAGCCCUCUACCCCAUCCUGUCCUCCAUCCUUGCCUCAAGUGCCAAGCCCCCAGCACACAGGUGGGAGAGACAAACUGAAAGCCUGCCGGAGGGAUUUUGUUUUUGUGAUGUUCAGGCGGCUGAACAGACUGUCAUCGCAUUCAUUGCCUCACUUCCACAUGAUAUGCUCCUCCGCUGUAGUUGACGAAAGCAGGGGGAGGUUCGAUAUUCAUCUGUGGGCCACAGUUUGUUUGUACCUGCUCCACACCCUUACAGCAUGAACCUCCCGUUUUUUCAUUUACUGUACAAGAGCUCUGUGUCUGCCAAACAUUACUGAUAUGCUGCAAAUUUCAGAGGUGCCUCAAUCAGUAGCAUGUUUAUCUUUUAGUUUUGAACCUUAUCUGAACUGAUGUUCAGCAGGCUAUCACAGAAUCUGUGCUGGAAAAAUCCCACAGCAGGAUUUCCAUGAGGUUGUGGCAACUUGUUUGGAAUAAGGUGUUGCACAGUAUUGCACUUGAGGAGAACCGUAUAAUUACGUUGUUGAAGGCAUAUUGGUAGAGGCUGGUCUGUGCUUUGCUAAUAUGUGACUUAACUGUCUGUGUUCUGGAGCAUAACACAAUUGUCCUCCCAUGAUGAACAGUAUAAGACAAAGAGCUGCUUAGCAAAGUAGCAAAAUUCGUGUUUUGAAUUUUACCCUUUUUCCUCACUAGCAUUGUUUUUUUUUUUUGACUGCUACAGUAUACAUUUGUUAAUGUCAGAUAUAUGAAUAUCUUAUCCCCUCGAUGCCCUUUUGAUUCCAAGUCACAAAUAUUAUUGUUUAAAUAGAAAUACCUUAAGAGUGAUUUAAGAUUAAUAGUAUCAAUGCACAAUAUAAGAUGUGAACAUUUGACUUCAAUUGCAAUCCACCAAUGCAGAAUGUACACACACACACACACACACACACACACACACACAUAUAUAUAUAUAUAUAGAUAUUAUACACACACACACACACACACACACACACACUGUUCUUGGGCCUACCAUAGUGCCUUAUUUAUUGGAGACUGUUUGCUCGCUUGGUGAUUGAAACUGGAAGGAGAGCAGGUGUGUUGAUGCCAAUUAGGCAAAAGUGACAGAGUGUCAUCGUCCCUUUCCUCUUGUUUAUCUGGAAACAAAGUCCCACUGUCCCAGUACCAUCCGCUCUUCUCUUCUGUCUUCUAUAGUAUACCCAAGGUCUUUGUUUGAAGCAUAUAUAGGCUAGGCUAGGCUAACUUCCAACGCUGUUGUCAUGCUCUGUAUAUUCCUCUGUGUUCUGAUACAUUUUUGUACCGGUCUUAUUAAUAAUAACAGAUUUUUUGCCUUUGAUAUCAUUGUUAUUUUAAAGAAAUAAAGAUUAAAGUUGUAAAUAUUCAUUUUCUUAGAUUUUUCGCUUUGAAGAGACUUUUUUUACUUUGAAAAAUAUACCUUGUUCCUUCCUUUCGCCAGGUUUUGCAGAGAAGGCUAAAUAAACAAUCU